AUGUCAGCUCCCGCUGCUGCGCCGAAGCACCCAGGCAAGGUGUUCCUGGACCCGAGUGAAGUAAAGGACCACCUUUCCGAGUACCGCAUCGUGGACUGCCGGUGCAGCUUGAAGAUAAAGAACCAUGGCAGCAUUGAGUACGCAAAGGAGCACCUCAAGGGCGCCAUCCGCGCCGAUGUGGACACAAACCUCUCCAAGUUCGUGCCGGGUAGUACCGCCCGGCACCCGCUGCCGCCCUGUUCUGAGUUUAUCGAUUGGUGCAUGGCGAACGGCAUGGCGGGCGAGCUCCCGGUGCUCUGCUACGAUGACGAGUGCGGCGCCAUGGGCGGAUGCCGCCUGUGGUGGAUGCUGAACUCUCUUGGUGCCGAAGCGUACGUGAUCAACG